GACUUGCUCUGUUUGCCUCACUCACCUACACACACUCACACGCAUACACGCGCUCUCUCCCUCGGUCUUGCCUGCUGCUGCUGCUGCUUCCCACCCACACAUUAUUGGCGGCAUGUCGGACGACCUUGCGCUGCCCAAAGCGGCAUUGGACAAGCUGAUCAAGCAGCAUCUUGGAUCUGUUCGCGCCAGCUCCGAUCUAAAGACUGCCAUCUCAGCUUGCUGCACAGAGAUGAUUCACAUGCUGGCGUCCCAGUCCAACGGCAUUGCGGAGGGAAAGAAGCGCAAGAUCAUCAACCCAGAGGAUGUCAUUCAAGCCCUCAAGGAGCUUGAGCUUGAGCAGUACAUACCGGCAGCGGAGGCCUCGAUGGCGCAGGUGAAGGAGGCAGCAAAAGUGCAGCGGCAGCGCAGGGCAAACGCAACUGCACAGAAGAAGGCCAUGGGCACCGAGGAGAUGCGACGCGAGCAGGAGAAGAUGCUCGCUGAGGCGCGGCAAGCGGUGCAGGCGAGUUUUGGCAACAGUGCGCCCGCAGAGAAGGAGGAAGAGCAGCAAGCAGCAGACGAUUUCAGCCUGGACACGGGCCUCUUUGGUUGACACACACACACACAACCUCUCUCAAACACACAUGCAAAGCGUAAACAACACGCGUACACGUAUAAAGGAACGGCUGUGCAUCUCUCUCUCUUUCAUCGUCAUCAUCAUC